AUGGUUCAAUUGUCCACUAUCGUCCUGGCUGCGGCCAGCGUUCUUCCAUCGCUAACCCAAGCAGCCGGUCUGCACAGCUCGGCUGUCGCAAAGGGAAAGUUGUACUUCGGAACAGCUACCGACAACGGCGAGUUGAGCGAUACGGCAUACGUUGCCCAGCUGGGCAACACGGAUGACUUCGGUCAACUCACUCCAGGCAAUGCGAUGAAGUGGGAUGCAACCGAGCCGUCGCAGAAUACUUUCAGCUUUAACAACGGCGAUGUCAUUGCCAACCUUGCUGCUAAGAAUGGCCAGAAGCUGCGAUGCCACACACUGGUCUGGCACAGCCAGUUGCCGAACUGGGUCUCAAGCGGAUCCUGGACCAACGCAACUCUGAUUGCUGCUAUGAAGAACCACAUUACCAAUGUGGUGACUCACUACAAGGGGAAAUGUUAUGCUUGGGAUGUUGCCAAUGAAGUCCUCAACGAAGACGGUACUUACCGCGACAGUGUCUUCUACAAGGUCAUCGGCGAAGCCUUCCUCCCAAUCGCCUUCGCAACCGCGGCAGCCGCAGACCCAAGCGCCAAACUCUAUUACAACGACUACAACAUCGAGUCUCCCGGCGCCAAGGCCUCCGGCGCUCAGAGAAUCGUCAAGCUCGUGAAGCAGUACGGAGCCAAGAUCGAUGGUGUCGGUCUCCAGGCCCACUUCAUCGUCGGAAGCACACCUAGCCAGAGCUCACAGUCUACCAACCUGGCAGCAUUCACUGCUCUCGGUGUUGAUGUCGCUUACACGGAACUCGAUAUCCGCAUGAAUCUGCCCUCGACCUCUGCGCAACUUGCCCAGCAGUCGGCUGAUUAUCAGAGCACCAUUGCUGCGUGCAUGGGCAACACACGCUGUAUCGGUAUGACUAUCUGGGAUUGGACUGAUAAGUACUCGUGGGUGCCCAGCACUUUCUCUGGUCAGGGUGAUGCUUGUCCUUGGGAUUCGAAUCUCGUGAAGAAACCCGCUUAUGCGGGCAUCUUGGCUGCUCUCGGUGGAACUCCAUCUUCCACGGUGACUACUACCCUUGUCACUACGACGACCUCGGCUAAUAAUGGUGGCGGUACUGGUGUCCCUCUCUAUGGCCAGUGUGGUGGAUUGGGCUGGACUGGAGGCAAAGUCUGUGCAACUGGAACGUGUAAAUACCAAAAUGACUGGUACUCACAGUGUCUGUAG